AUGAUCACUAUCGAAACUGCAUUCACACAUUCAAGCUCGACAUCCUUCUACUAUUGGAUCGCCUUCCUCCAAAUGGCCAAACAAGACGGCUUAGAAUGGGUGGCUGAGACUUUUGGCCUGGAGCCUCGUUGGACGACAGAGCCAAACAUCGCAAAGGUCGAAUUAUUAGCGCGCAAACACCUCAAUAUCGAGCAGAAUACUUACUGCCCCGUCACUUUUUACGCACAGGGGGCUUUCAACAAGCUUUAUAAAAUCGAAACUGAGGCUGGUUGCUCCCUUAUGCGUGUCACAUUACCGGUCGAUCCUUCCAACAAAACUAAUAGUGAAGUCGCAACUAUCCUUUUCGUUGGCCAAAACACAGACAUUCCAGUGCCCCGGAUAUUUGCCUUUGACGACUCAAGGGAGAAUGAACUUGGCUUUGAAUGGAUUUUAAUGGAGAUGCUACCUGGCGUAACCUUACGAACGAGAUGGAGGAAACUCUCUAAAGAUGCUAAACGAGAUUUGGUCAAGGAGGUGGCCAAGUACGAAGCCCAACUUAGCCGUUACAAGUUCCCUGUCAUUGGAAACAUAUUUCUCAAACCAGGAGCCCAGCUCACGUCAAAUGAUUCACCUUACAUCCCGGUGCUUGCUGAUACAAAACCAGCACAGGAAGAAAACCAGCAAAUACCGGUUUUGCCUGUUCUAGGUCAAUUAGUCUCAAUGAUCUUUUUUUGGGGUCAUCAUAUCACACAAGAUGUUCCUAGAGGCUCUUUCACCGAUUCCGAAGACUGGAUUCGUGCUCGUCUUACCUUGAUUCUGAUGGACCAAGAAAUAAUCCUAAAAACCUCAGAUGAUGAAGACGACAUUGAAGAUGCCGAAGAUGCUAAGACAAUUGCCACAAAACUACUUCAGCUACUCCCAUCUACAUUUUCUUCCGAAACUUGCUCUAUAGAGCUAUCUAUGCUCUGCCACGACGACCUUUCCAUGCAGAAUAUCCUUGUUGAUAGCGACGGAAGAAUUACCGGCGUUAUUGAUUGGGAGUGCGUCUCGGCGUUGCCAUUAUGGAAAGCUUGUGGGUUGCCCACUUUUCUUCGGGGGAGAGACAGAAUAGAGGAGCCGAGAAAUAAUCAAUACCUUCCCGACAACGAUGACGAAGACACCGUUGACGACACUAUUGGGCCUACGAAGAAGGUGCUUGACAACGAAGGAGUGAACAGCCUCUAUUGGGAACACUUACUGGAGUACGAACUAACUAUACUGCGCGAAGUUUUCCAGAAGGAAAUGGGAAUCCUCGCGCCGAGAUGGAAUGAAGAAUCGGAGAAAGGCGCCGUUAAAGCUGAUUUUGAAGAGGCGGUUCAAAAUUGCGAUAGUGGCUGGUGUACGAAAAAGCUCAAGUCUUGGCUUGAUGCAUUGGAGAAGGGCAAUAUCUGGGAUCUCAGAAGGAGUUUUCUUGAGUAG